AGCUUAUAUUGCACUUUUGCAGCACGCUGCUAUUAUUACCCGGCGAUGAGAUUGGCUUGUGGACAGUCCCAGGACAGCCAGCCCACCAGAGGCCUGGGAGCAGACCCCCAGAGAAGAGCCCAGGGAUCCGGAGCGCGUCGGCGGGGGGAACGGACGCCAUUGGGGACGAGCUUGCGUGCGGCCAGGGCACACGUCCUCUCAUUGACCGGGGUGUGCUGGGAGGUGGGCGGUAAGUGGGGAAGCAGAAGACUCGAGGGCUCGCAAAGGAGGGGCCGGAGCAGAGGCUACUGCUGCUGAGAGCUGCCCUGCGUCAGCAGACCCGCACUCACUCUGCGCGAACCAUGGAGCCCAACAGCCCCAAGAAGAUCCAGUUCGCUAUGCCCCUCUUCCACAGCCACCUGGACCCCCAGGCAGCAGAACACAUCCGUCGAAGGAGACCAACACCAGCCACACUGGUCAUCUACAACGACCCACCUGCAGCAGAAGCAGAUGACAAACAAACAUCAGGAAGUCAGGGAGCGGUACCAAGUACAGAUCUGUCCUCGGCUCAAAGGAAGCAGAGCGUCUACACCCCACCCACUAUGAAAGCAGGAAGGUGCUCUGAAAUGCGGUUGGGAGCCCAGCCCAGACGCAAAGACACACCCUAUCAGCAUUCGCAUCCCUUCAGUCCAGGGACGAAGCUUCAGAGAGAAUCAUUCCCAGAAGAGGAGGAAGGUCUGGAAGAACAGGAAAAGGACACACAUCCGUAGAGAGGGCUCAGGGGCCCAUUUUCAUGUUUGGGGUUGCAGCUACAAGUACAUGACUGGAAGAGGAAACCUGGGGGGACCCAGCCAUAUCAAUAUUUGUCUUAAUUAUGAAAUUGUACCCUUGCCUCUAUAGCCUGGCAUCCAACAUCAGGUGAGCUUAGUCCAGUAUUGGAAGAAAGUGGAUUCACAAACGUGUUCAAAUGAUAUGCCUUCUUAUAGAGCAGGGGUCUUCAAUCUUUUCUGAUCCAGGGACCCCCACGUAGGCACAAAUGCAUCAAAUGACCCACAUCAUGAGUUAAAAAUGUUUUUAUUCAUGUGUUUUUAUAUGUCUUAUAUUUACAUAUAGAUUUUCCCAAAUCCAUAUGUAGUAAUUGCAUAUGAUGCUUGGCCCUACUAUAACUUCAAGGACCCCCAGGGGACUGUGGACCCCCUGUUGAAAACCUAGGUUGUAAAGUGCUAAUCUGCAUCAAUGUGGUUGAUCAUUUAAAACAGUGGUGAGGCAAUAGAUUAGACUAUCAGAGUGAUGUAUUUGCAGAUUAAGUUGAAACGUAAUUCCACACAGGCCUGGAGCCAAACUGCAAAUGAAAUAAAAUGGCCUUAAUUGCAGUAUACUGAUCUCAAUUUCAUUUUCAGCCAAGUAUGUGGGAAAAUGGUAUUUUCUAGAGUGAAUGCUGGAAAUGAUUUAUUUUGAAAGCAUGUGGAUAAUGACCCAGUACAGCUGAGAGAUGUUCAGUUCUGUUAACAGUCUCUCUUAUCAGGGUCCUGAACACAACCAGCCUCUAAGAUAUCACUCACCAUGUCACUAAUGGUUUUGGCAUAGCCCCUAAUGUGCAUUAGGAAGAAAUUGCAUCAAACAGAGUGCUAUGUAGCACUAUACGGCUAAGAAGAAGUGUUAGGUUUCCAUGCUUCCAUUGCCAGACAGAGCUUGGAAAGUCUUGGAGUUUCAACCAUGCCUCUCCUUCAUGCAGCUAGCCAUUUUAACUGAAAAAUACAUGAGACACCAGGACUGGGAUGUUCACUGCAUUCAUUGAUUUGUAUAUGACAGUAAAGAUACAUAUUUGAAUAUGAAUGUUGUUUUGGCAGCAUACAGGUAACAAACACAUUCUGCUGUACAGUGCUAUUAGCUGCAUUUUACAGGCUAUUUUACACCCUAUGGUCAACACAGUACUACAGCAGAGAACUAGCACGAAAGGGAUAGCAGGUUCAUAGCAGGGAUUGCAGUUUAAACAAUUUAGCAAUAAAAGCAAUUACAGUGGCAAGAAAAAGUAAGUGAACCCUUUACAAUUACCACCAUUUAUUUAUAAAUGUGUCUUAAAAUGUGGUCUUCAUCAAAGUUACAAUAACUAAUGACACAGACAUUAUAAUAUUGUUCUUUUCCAUAUUGAAUACAUAAUUCAAACAUCCACAGUAUAGGUUGGAAAAGUAUUUCAACCCCGAGGCUAAUGACUAACAAAGGCUAAAUCGAGUCAGGAGUAAGCAAAUCCGGGUUCCAAUCAAUUUUGUCUCAAAAUCUAAACUUAACAAAUGGGUUUCUGUGGCUGGUAUACCUCUUUCCAUUGAUGUUGGAGAAGUUUCAGUCAUUCUUUGGUCUGUAUACUUUUAAAUGAAAUGAAAAUGAAAGUCAUGUUCAUAGAUCUGUGGUACUUCAUAAGCUCUGUGUCAGAAUGUCAGUUUUUUUUAACAUAAAUAAAUAUUUCUUCUUACAAA